AUAACAAAAACGGUGUGCUUAUCAUCAUAAUCAUCAUGUGAAUACGUUAAAAACAUAAACAUAAUUAACAAACAUCGUUUAUUAUAAAUUUAAUUUCUACUAAUUAUCUCGAAAUAAAUAAAUAAUUUUAAUCUAAUUAUCAAACCAAUUAUUAUUAUUAAAUUUGUGUACUCUCAAGUAACAAACAAUAAACAAUUUUAAAACCUCGAGGUUAUGUGCAAAAACAUUUAAACUAAAUUGUCAAAAAAUCAUAACAAAAAAUCAUUAACAAUGACUCGUUUAACAGAAAUUGAGCAAGUAAUCUAUCGAAAAAGCAAAGGUGACGUCCUUAACAGUGUUAAAGCACCAAGCCAACUGAACACUACAAUUCCUGAUGAUUUAAAUACUAUCCUCAAGCAUUACAAUAAACAACCACUUCCAGGAAUGACUGAGGAUGCUAGAAAUUAUUGGCAAAUUUUAAGAAGUUUAAAAUACUAUUCUCUUGAAAAUUUAAAACCAGACAUGUAUUGGUAUUUAUUUAAAUUACUUUUAUACAUUGAACAACAUCGUGGAAUAGUAGAAAUGAAAAAAUUUACUUUGUGGAAUCAAAAGAUACAUAAAUCAUCGUAUCGUAAAGAUGAAUUUGUGAUACAUGUACCUGGAUUGUCUGAAGACAGACCAUCUCUACGUGCCAAAGAUAUUAUUAUGAUCACUGGAACUGAUACAUCUUUAGCACUUAAUGAUCGUUGUGUUAUUACAUAUGUUGGUAGUAAUUAUAUUACAGUAAAACCAUCGAUAAAAUUUCAACAAAUGUUAAAACCAGAACAUUCAUUUAACAUUGAGUUUGAAUAUUCAGAUUGGACAAGUGACGUUCAACAUAAUGUUCUUAAUGUAGCUCAUGAUAAUGAAUUGCAUAAGUUUGUUUUUCCAAUUGCUCAGCCUAUUCCACCAAUAAAUCAUCAACCUAUUGAAUGGAUAAAUCCAACUGUAUCAAAAAAUCUUGAACAACAACAAGCAGUUAUAAAUAUUCUUGCUAAAUCAUCACGUCCAGCACCUUAUCUUGUAUUUGGUCCACCUGGAACUGGUAAAAGUACAACACUUGUUGAGGCAAUAACUCAAAUAUAUCAUCGUAAUUCAAAUCAUAAAGUUCUUAUUUGUACACCAUCAAAUUCAGCAGCAGAUGAAAUUGCUAAAAGAUUAUUAAAUAGUUCAAUACCAGAAAAUAUAAUAUACAGAAUGUAUUCAGCAUCAAAAAAUCAUGAAAGUAUUGAUGAAUCAAUAAAAGCUUGUUCAAAUUUUGCAACAAAUGAAGCUGUUUUUAUUACUAAAAAAGUAUUUAUAACAAAAAAAAUUGUUAUUACAACACUUGCAACAUGUAUACGUAUUCGUACUUAUGAAUUACGUGAAGAUCAUUUUGAAUAUUUAUUUAUUGAUGAAGCUGGACAAGCAACAGAGCCAGAAACAUUAAUUCCAAUGCUUGUAAUGGCUGGUGAAGAAGGAAGAUCAAUAAGUGGACAAGUUGUCAUUGCUGGUGAUCCAAAACAAUUGGGACCAGUUUGUCAAUCACCACUGAGUGAAUAUUUACUUGGAAUUUCAAUGCUUGAAAGAUUAAUGAUGAAGGAACCAUACGUAAAAAUUCCAGGUGUUGGAUAUGAUCCAAAUUAUGUUACAAAAUUAAUAAAAAAUUAUCGUUCACAUCCAUCAAUUUUACAUGUACCAAAUGAACUUUUUUAUGACAAUGAUUUAGUUGCAAUGGGAGGUAAAGAUACAACAAAAGGCUGUGACUGGUUGCAUCUACCAAAUAAAAAAUUUCCAAUAAUUUUUCAUGCUGUUACAAAAGCAAAUGAAACACGUGAAUCAAAUUCACCAAGUGUUUGUAAUUUAACUGAGAUUAAUAUCAUAAUGGAAUACAUUGAUAAACUUUUAAAAACAAAAUUAGGAAAUAAAAAAGUUGAAGAAUGUGAUAUUGGUAUUGUAACACCAUAUGCACUUCAACGUAAUAAAAUUCAUGCAACAUUAAAUAAUAAAAAUCUUAAAAAUAUAUCAGUUGGUACUGUUGAAACAUUUCAAGGUCAAGAACGUGAUAUUAUAAUAAUAUCAACAGUAAGAACAGUUUUGUAUCAUCAUAAUAACACAUAUCAUCCUGGAUUUUUAUCAAAUCCAAAAAGAUUUAAUGUUGCAAUAACAAGAGCAAAAGCAUUAUUGAUUGUCAUUGGUAAUCCCAUGGUUUUAAAGUAUGAUAAUAAUUGGCGAGAAUUUAUGGAGUAUUGUAAAAGUAAUGGUGCUUGUCGUGGUACAAUUUUUGAUCUUAAAAAAUGUUUAAAUCGUGCACAGCUUAGAUCAAUGCUUGCUAAAAAACAUGAAGCAAUACCAAUUAAUCCAGAUACACCAAUGCCAGUUGUGGAAGAUCCAAGAUCAGCUUUUAAUUAUGAUGAUGAAGUUGAAGAUAAACCACCAAGGAUAAUGAAAAUUCCAAUUGGACCAUUGCCUAAAAAUUAUUCGCCAUUUAUUGAUGAAGAUGGAAUCUAUCAUGUAAUAAAAGAAGAAGUUGAUGAAGAAGAAGAAGAAGAUGAAGAUGGAAGAGAAGAUGAUGAAUAUGAAGAAGAAGACGAAGAAGUUAAUCAUGAUGAUGAUGAUGAAGUAUGGGUUUCAUCAUCAGAUGAUGAUGAAGUAUGGGAAUCAUCAGGUGAUUAUAGUGAUGAUAAUGAGUAUUAUCGUAGCAGUGAUGAAACAGACUCUUCCACAAGUAGUCAAAUAGACACUACUUCCAACGAAUUUCAUUCAGCAAAUACAUCAGCAUCCAGUGAGGCUAACAAACCAAUUGAAAUUCCAACUCAAAAUAAAAUUUCACUUGCUUUAUUUAAUCAAAAAAUUGCUAAUUUAAUUAUAUAAAAUUAUAAAUUACUUUUUUUGAUUAAAAGUAAAUAGUUGAUAAUUUUUUUUAUCUGAAUUCUGUGAAUCAGAAUAUAAUAAAUUAUAAAAUUAUUUAAUAUUUAUCAAUUAAUUUAAUUUCAACAUGAUAAAUUUUUUGUUAUAAAAACAAAAAAAAAAUAGAUAUUUUUGAAAUAAAAAAAUAUUUAUUUAUUUUAUAAUUAAGCUAUCACCAAAAUAAUGGUACAAAAAAUUUAAUAAUAAUCAUUAAUUUUUUAAUAACAAAA